GAUAAACGGUAUCAUCCGAGGCUGCCGGACGAAACGGGCCCACGGAAACCAUCAAAGGAUGCUGAGCAGGAGCAAACGAUCGAAUACUGGCGCAAUCAGGCGAAGGCAACCGUACAAAAGCUGUUGCAAAGGAAGGAAAACCGAAACGUCGCUAAGAACGUGAUCAUGUUCCUGGGUGAUGGUAUGUCCAUCUCCACCGUUGCGUUGGCGCGCAUUCACGCCGGUGGUGAGGAAAAACCGCUGUUCUUCGAGGACUUCCCGUACAUCGGAAUGUCCAAGACGUACUGCGUGGAUUCACAAGUGUCGGAUUCAGCGUGUACGGCGACGGCGUACCUGACAGGCGUUAAAGGCAACAUCGAUACCAUCGGUGUGAAUGCACACGUCAUGGUCGGUGACUGUGUGGCAGGACAAAAUAGAUCCACACACACUUCCUCCAUCGGACAGUGGGCUAUCGAUGCGGGCAAGGAUGCCGGGAUCGUGACAACUGCACGCGUUACGCAUGCGUCCCCUGCCGGACUUUACGCUCACACGGCGUUCCGUGAUUGGGAGGAUGAUUACUACGUGAAACAGGACGGUUGCGAUCCCGAGCUUGUCGAUGACAUUGCGGAACAACUGGUGUAUGGUGAGACGGCUUCGCGGCUACGUGUCAUUUUGGGUGGAGGCCGGCGAGAGUUUAUGGAUCGUGAUAUUCACCAGGAUUACGAGUAUACUGACCGCAGAGGAUACCGAUCGGAUGGCCGAAACCUGAUCAAUGAAUGGCUCAAAAAUGGUCCAGUCGGAGAGAAUCGCACUUUUGUCUGGAAGCGAUCGGAUCUAAUGGCGGUUGAUCCUCACCGGACUGAUCGAUUGCUCGGGAUGUUCGAGCAAAGCCAUUGUGCCUACAAUUUGGACAAAAUCAAUAACAAUAUGGUGGAGGAACCUACUCUCGCUGAAAUGGUCGACAAAGCUACGGACGUGCUGAGUACGAACCCUAACGGAUUCUUCCUGUUCGUUGAGGGAGGUCGUAUUGAUCAUGGACAUCAUGAUAAUCGUGCCAAAUACGCGAUCGACGAAACGGUAGAGUUCGACAAAGCGAUCGAGCUGGCUCGCAAGAAGUUCAGCGAAGAGGACACACUGAUCGUAGUCACGUCAGAUCACUCGCACAGUGUCAGUUUCUCGGGAUAUCCGACGCGAGGAAACGAUGUGUUUGGUACGGCUGGAAAUGGCAGAGAUGGCGUACCGUACAUGACGAUCAGCUACGCAAACGGACCGGGUUACAGCAAGCACAUUGAUGUUGAGGCUGGUGCCAGACUUGACGUGCGCCAGAUGAACAGAGACAAUUCGAACUUUGAUUUCCCCGCGAUGGUGCCACUUUCCUCGGAAACGCACGGUGGUGAGGAUGUCGCUGUGUACGCUUCCGGUCCUUGGUCGCAUUUGUUCACCGGUAACUACGAGCAGAGUGCCAUCCCGCAUAUGAUGGCUUAUGCUGCUUGCAUCGGCAAUGGAAUGAAGGCGUGCAAUUAA